UUUUGGCGCAAGGCUUCUUUUAGUCCAGGUACGUUUGAUCUCCGAUCGUCGUAGCUUCGAAUAGCUGCCGAUACCGAAUAGCUUCGUAUAGCUUCAAUUUUCAAUCAUACACGUUCCAAGUUAUGUUUCGAACAAUGGCACAGCUUUGCGCAGUGGGGUUUGUAACUACGUGCGCUGAGCACGUGGACCUGCAGCUCAUGCAGAUACACACGGCCAGUCUCUUGCGUGGCAAUGGGAUCCGGCAGGGAUGUCAUACCUUGACCCAGGGCGACGAGUGUUACGAGAAGGUUCAGUGGGCGAUGCAGACGGGCAUCAAUUUGCACCCAAAGUGGUAUCUCCCUCUGACGAGUAAUUCCAGCUUCGAGGACUUCCAGCAGCACCUGCACGCCGUGGACAGGCUCUCUGACGUGUGUCCCAAGCCUUGUGCAGCGGCGCAGUCAGAGGAGCGACUGGCAGAGCGGUUGCCCGCAGUGCCAGAGGAAUGCCGCACCAGUGUCGAGGGCGACGAGUGCUACGAGAAGGUUGAGUGGGCAAUGCGGACGGGCAUCAAAAAACACCCAGAAUGGUAUCUCCCUCUGACGAGUACUUCCAGCUUCGAGGACUUCCAGCAGCACCUGCACGCCGUGGACAGGCUCUCUGACGUGUGUCCCAAGCCUUGUGCAGCGGCGCAGUUUGAGGAGCGACCGGCAGAGCGGUUGCCCGCAGUGCCAGAGGAAUGCCGCACCAGUGUCGAGGGCGACGAGUGCUACGAGAAGGUUGAGUGGGCAAUGCGGACGGGCAUCAAAAAACACCCAGAAUGGUAUCUCCCUCUGACGAGUACUUCCAGCUUCGAGGACUUCCAGCAGCACCUGCACGGCGUGGACAAGUUCUCCGAUGUUUGCCCCAAGCCUUGCCCUUGGCGGUCAGCAGACCAGCUCCGGAUAAGUUCUGGAUCCCCGAUGCCUACAGCUCAGCAUGUUGGAACUCCAAUGCCAACAGAAAUCCAUGAGGAUGACCUACUCAUAUCGGCCUACCCUGGAUACGAGCAAACCGGUCGCAAUUGCCAGUGUGGAGAGCCAAUAUUACAGUUGUCAGAAGAGUUCGAGUCUCUCGAGUUGUGUGCCUCGGAGUGCUCAUUGCUCCCCAACUGCAAGGCCUUCGGUCUUCACCCUUGGCAGUCGAUCUGGCGAGGCCAGUGCGAUCUCUACGAUGCACCGUGUGGGGAAACGAACGGGCAUGACUCCAACACCACCUGUACCAACCCAACCCCGCUUGGAGCCAUCAGUGUCAAUUUUAACCGAGUGCCGACGCCCGCGCCCACGCCUGCACCCACGCCUGCACCAGACCGUUGCGAUGUUACGGAUGGAUCGUUUCUGAGUUCUUUCUACCCGUGUCAGUGCGGGUCUGAUGUGGUGUGUGUCACAAACGAGGUUUGCUCAAAGGACAGGUCAGGCUAUUCGUGCUCUCCUCCUGGCAUUCUCAAGGUAGAAUGGCCGUGUUUGACGACUUCGAUCGGCAGCCCCUACUUCGUGCUUGCAGGGAGCAGCGUAACAGGAGCGCCAGUAUACAGCAACACCGAUGGCAAUUACAUAUAUUGGGACGUGUCGUGCGAUGGCAUCGAGCGACCUUUGCUAUAUCAGCAGCCGCGAUGGAUCCUCGACUCAGACUCACCAAAUAUGACAGCGACCAUGGAUUUAGAUUCUGAUUCGGAGUGCUCUUAUUUUGGGCAUCACGGUAGUUCUGAUUUCAGUGGUGUCCCUCUGGGGAGCACAAUUUGGGCGGUGGCAUGCGACGGUGAAGUUUCCAACAUGACGGUGAACAUCACUUACGAAACAUAUCUUCCCACCCCAUCGCCGACGAUGGAACCUGGGGCACCGUGCACUUGUGACCAGGGAUGUGGCAUGUUUCCUUACCUUGACUUAGAUGGUGAUGGUUGCCUAGUGGAGGCAGAAGUAAACAAAGAUGAGAGUCUCAACGGGCAUUUUGCCGAGAUCGACACGGACGGUGACGGCUGCGUCACCCAGACAGAGUGCGGGGAUUCGCCGUAUUCGAGUGGUAUGCUCAGGUUCCCAAUCCAGGGCCCAGCUGAAUGCAGCUACGGAUACUAUUUCAUGGACGGCACCAGCGUCUGCCAGCAAUGCACCAACGGUGCCACGCGGCGGCGUCGCUCAGAGGCCUGCGGCAACUGCCCCGCGGACAAAGAGGACGUGGGCGACUUCGACAACUGCAUCUCGGGGGUGUGGCUCACUGAACCCCUCGCGGUCGGGUCCCGCGUUGCCUUCGUCAACAAGGACAUCGACGAGAGCGGAGUCUUGUUGCAGAAGGGCGAUGGGAUCACCGUGUCGACGCGGAACCCUGGUCACUUCGAGAGAAUGAUUAUCGUCGACAAGGUUGGUUUCAAUGAUACCCAGAGGCUGUCGUCACACCACGAGUCCCUGCUCCGUACGAGUGGGCCUUUUUUCGUGCUGGACCACGGGGUGCACGCGCCCUUCGUCAAGUUCGACGCGAUCGUCUCCGCCUGCUCGGACGUCAGUGGACUGUCGCUCAGCGGACAGUACCCAUGCGGAUGCGGCAUCGAAAUCUGCGAUUUCGGGUACAGGUGUGACGAGGAGUGCGGUGGGAACAACACGGUCCUCGAUUCCUACGCGGGCAGCGGCUACGGGAACGGCGGAUGUUGCCUCGGCCCCCCUGUCUCUCCUCUGCCCACCCCGGCCCCGACGGUGUCGGCCAGGGGUGACCCGCACUUGGUCAACCUUCAAGGCGAGCAUUUCGACGUUAACCACGGCGGCGAGUUCACAUUGCUCCGGAUCCCGCAGGCCGCCGACAGGACCGCCGAGGUGCAACUUCGGGCAACGAUCCGACCCGAGUACGGGAAGCCAUGCACCACGUACAUCACCGCGGUUGAGCUCUCGGGCACGUGGAUCGGUGAGGCGGUCGUGCAGGUGCGGUCCUACCUCAGGUCACACACCAAGAAUGGAAGCGACGAUUUCUUGGGGCUCCGGGUGCUGGAGCCAGGCGCGCCAGAAGAUGUUCCGUGGACGAGUCUCGCGGAUUGGACCGAUGGGAACAUCCGUCUCUCCGAGCAGCAGGCAGAGGAAGGCGUCAGGGUGACAAUGUCCAAGUCACAGUGGCGCACCAAAAAGAGCGUGAAGGAAGGAUUGCCGACCGUAGCCGGACAGAUUCAGAUCACAAUGCAAAGCAAGGUGAGUGAAGAUUCCGCGACGAUUGUCGUCCGCCAAGACCUCCCCAUGCAGGAGCACCUGAAUUUGGCUGUACGGCGUUUGAGCGCACUCGGUCGUGCAGACAUUGGCGGACUUCUUGGGUUCGAUGCGCAUGUCGAGUCACUAGAGGACGUCACGCCAGAGUGCCAGCGUCACAGGGAUGGGCUGGACACGAACAAAGGUCCGCGCUCAACACCACGCUGGAAGAUUCGUUGGCAGAGGAUCAAGGAGCAGCGCGCGAGCAAUCCCGUACCUGGUGGGUCAAUGAAUGACAACGAAGCGGCUGCCAACUUCCUUGGCCUUGGUAAGAUGCGAAUGCAAGAGAAGGACAUGAUGUGCGUCUGCCCCAACGGAGGUCCCAUGCAUCCCACAGGGGACCACUAUGCCGCGAAUCUGAUAGGUGGCAGACGCCUGGGCGUCCUUGCAAAGUUCCAGACUGGCAGGUUUGCGGAGGCAACGUGGGACUGAUGAGCACGCAUCGAAUUGGCCGGCGCGAUCGCCGGCAUCUAUCCGCGCAGCAGCCUUGGGCUCCCGUGUCCCGUGUCUACCUCAAGAAGCUUGCGGGGUUGCGGCUUGGGCGCCUGGCAUGCCUUGCUACGUCGACACGGGUCGCCAGAGGCGGCGGGAGAUUGGUUGGGGCUUCGGCGGGGGCCAGCGGAGAUGAAGGAGAGAGAGAGAGAGAGCCGUCUUUUCGUAAUCAAUUCAUGUCAGCUACGCACUUUUGUGGCUUUUGAUCCGUUGAGUCUUCUUCGGUUUGCGUGUGCGUGCUCGAUCCCCUUGGCUUCGCAAUGUGUUUAAUAACACGUCUUGGGGCUUCUGUACCAUGUGCGCACGCGUGUAUCGGGAGCAGCACGUCGAUUGGACGUACCUGAUACCGAUGCUCCUGGGCCAGUGCGGGUACAGGAAAAAAAACGGCCCAAGAGACCCCG